AUGACAUCUCUCAGCUCACAGCCCCGUUACAUCUAUAAGAUUGUGCCGUCCACCGCGCCGGUCCGUGAACCUAUUCCCGAGCGGCUUGCGGUCAGUGACCUGGACCAGGACUCAGGCUACAUCCACCUCUCCCAGGCGCAUCAGGUCCCAAAUACAUUGAAGACUUUCUUCACUGAAGAACCUCUUGUUUAUGUCUUGCGCAUAGAAUACCACCGCGUGAUCCAAGAUAUCAAGUGGGAAUCCCCAGAUGGAAAGGUCAGCGGUCUUCGACCUGGCGAGGGACUUUUCCCGCAUCUCUACAAUGGACUGAGACUGGGUAGAGAAGAGGUCGAGAGCGUCGCCAUUUGGCAGAAUGACGAGGGGUGGGACAAAGCUCUCACUGGAGCGAAGCCUUGGCUUCUCUGUUGA